AGGCGUCUUGUUACCGGUGAGCAGAGACCAUGAGAGCUGCUGCAGGUCUGAGUCGAGCUGAGUCCCUGCAGACUCUACAGUGAGACAGUCUGCUGUUCUGACUGAUGGAUUAACCUGGAGCUUUCAUUCCAUCUACAAACAGGCUGAGCAGCAGGAUGAAGACGCAAUGGAUCCUAAAGGUUUUCAUCCUCCUUUUGACCCUGUCCUGCCCGUGCAGGUGUCAGAAGAGGAGGAGGAAGGGACAGAGAGAUGAUAACCAGGUCAUCGUUCACCAGGCCAAAACUCUGAUCUGCCCAGUGGAGAUCAUGUUCAUCGUGGACAGCUCAGAGAAAGCCACCUCUCUGGUGUUUGAGCAGCAGAAGGAUUUUAUUCUGCGCUUCAGCACAAAGCUGAUGCAGCUACACUCCGCUGGCUGGCGUCUACGCCUGCGUCUGGCCGCUCUGCAGUACAGCAGUACCGUGUCCGUCGAGCAUAACUUCAGAGACUGGCAGGACCUGGAUGUCUUCCACAGCCGAGUCGCCUCCAUGACCUUCAUCGGGCAUGGCACCUACACCGCCUACGCCAUCACCAACGCCACGCAGCUGUUCAUCCGAGAGACUUCCUCCAGCAGCCUGAGGGUGGCGCUGCUGAUGACCGACGGGACGGAUCACCCACGCAGCCCUAGCGCAGUGACAGCUGCUGCUGAGGCCAAGCAGCACAACAUCCAGAUGUUCACCAUCGGGUUGACAGGUCUACCCAGAAACGGGCCCAUGGGUGCUAGGCUACGAUCCAUCGCCAGCGCCCCUGCCCAGCAGCACGUCUUCAGCCUCACCGAUGGCCAGCUGGACAACAGACUCCUCAAUGAACUGAACAUAAUUGUGAAAUCUGGGUGCCCACAACCAAAGACCUGUCAGUGUGAGAAGGGGGAGAGAGGUUACUCUGGAGCACCGGGGAAACCAGGCGAGCCGGGCUCUGAUGGAGCUCCAGGUCCAAAGGGAUCCCGCGGCGAAUCUGGAAUCAAUGGUCGACCCGGGAUGGAGGGCCUUGAGGGUCCAACAGGCGGCAAAGGGGAAAAGGGUGAACAGGGUGAAUGUGGAGCCCCCGGUAAAAAAGGAGAACAAGGUGUAGGAGGACCUCCUGGUACCAGGGGCACCAGAGGAGAGCAGGGGGUCAAAGGAGGACCAGGAGACCAUGGACGAGAGGGACCAUCUGGAUCCAAAGGUGAGCGAGGACUCAGGGGGGCACCUGGACCUCCAGGAGAUAAUGGAGUUGGGUUCCCUGGUCCCAAGGGUGAUAAGGGAAACCAAGGAAGACCAGGCCCUCCAGGAGCAAUGGGUAGAGGGGAACCAGGUUCACCGGGUCCAGCAGGGCCACAGGGGAUGCAAGGCUCUUCAGGGUUUCCAGGUGAAGGUCUUCCAGGACACAAGGGUGACAGAGGUUAUGAGGGUCCUAAAGGAGGCCGUGGACCUCCGGGACUCGGGUUCAAAGGUGAACAGGGGAACACAGGAGCCCCCGGGCUGCCUGGUCUAGUCGGGUUUCCAGGAGCAGGUAUCCAAGGAGAAAAGGGGGACCAUGGGCCAGCUGGGCCUCCUGGUCCGAGAGGACCUCCUGGACUGGGUAUAGUUGGACCAAAGGGGGAUCAGGGUUUCCCAGGGGAGCCUGGACAUCAGGGACACAGAGGCGUGGGUGAGCAAGGACCAAAAGGGGAGCCGGGGCCUGAUGGGGCUUCUGGGAUACCUGGGAUUCCUGGUGAAGAUGGAGCUGUGGGGCCAAAGGGAGAGAUGGGGUUGCAAGGUGAGCGAGGCCUCGAGGGAGCGUCGGGGAAAGGCAUCGCAGGAGAAAAGGGGGACAGAGGUGACCGUGGGCCGAGGGGACUGUCAGGGUCUCCAGGCCCAGUUGGACCUUCAGGUGCAAAGGGGGAACCUGGCAGCACAGGAAUGAUGGGCCCACCAGGAUCUGCUGGGCGUGGCAUACCAGGACCAAAGGGAGAUCCUGGACCAGUCGGACAAGCUGGACCUGUUGGAGAACCUGGAGUUGGAAUCAUGGGGCCAAAGGGUACCAAAGGAAACCUUGGACCUGUGGGGCCACCAGGACUGAAAGGCGAUAGCUUGCCCGGGCCACAGGGGCUGCCUGGCUUAUCAGGAGUGCAAGGAGAGAUGGGACCUGAAGGGAAAGGAGUACCUGGACAAAAGGGUGACAGAGGUUUACCUGGGCUGCCAGGUCCAUCAGGUCCUCCUGGAAUCGGACUUUAUGGACCAAAGGGCUCUACAGGGCAGCCUGGUCCACCAGGCCUUUCAGGAAAUCCAGGAGAGGGUAUCCAAGGUCCAAAGGGAGAGCCUGGAUUUCAGGGACCAAUGGGCCCUAGAGGACCAGCAGGAGAUGGUCUUCUAGGGGAAAAGGGGGAUAGAGGCAUUCCUGGAGACAGAGGAAAGAAAGGAGACAAGGGGGACUUUGGAGAACCUGGAUCUACAGGACAGAUGGGGAGAUCUGGAGAAAAAGGAGAGCCUGGACUGACUAGGGAUGAAGUCAUCAGGAUUAUACGGGAAAUUUGUGGCUGUGGUCUGAGGUGCAGAGCGAGUCCUCUGGAGCUGGUGUUUGUGAUCGACAGCUCUGAGAGUGUGGGACCAGAAAACUUUGAGCUGGUGAAGGACUUCGUGAACGCUCUCAUCGACCGGUUGACGGUGAGCAGAGAAGCCAGUCGUAUCGGCGUGGUUCUCUACAGCCACGUGGAUAGAGUGGUGGUCAGUCUGCAGCAGCAGCUCAGCCAGGAGGAGGUCAAGUCUGCUGUCAGGUUGAUGCCAUACCUGGGGGAGGGCACCUUAACGGGCAGCGCCAUCCAUCGAGCUCACCAGCUGUUCCAGGCCUCACGACCAGGGGUGAGGAAAGUGGCGGUGGUUUUAACAGACGGGCAAGCAGACCCUCGUGACAUUAUGCAGUUUGAGGCAACGGCAACAGAUGCCCAUGCAGAGGGAAUCGAGAUAUUUGUAAUAGGAGUGGCAAACAGGACCGACCGUCUUUAUGAAGAGUUCCAGGCUGAGAUGGAUGUCAUCGCCUCGGAUCCUGAUGAAGAAUAUGUCUACCUCAUUGACGACUUCCGGGCACUUCCCACUGUUGAAAGCAAACUACUGAGUCGGAUCUGUGAGCAAGAAGACACCAUGGACUUUCUCCAGAACUCUGUUUUGAUACCAGUGGACACCCAUCCAGAUGCUACAAAGGACGGCGGCUUCAGACCAUUCCCAGAUGAGGAAAACAUACAAAUUGAACUCCCAGUGGAGACAUUCACACCCCAAACCCCCCUGCCCCACGAGUCCAGGCGGUUAGAGGAGAACUUGAUUGACUCCAAAGUGUUGGUGGAUUCCUGGGACCAGCUGCCCAACAACAGGUUUGCCGCUCCUGGUGGCCGGGGGCAGCAGGGACCCGGGGUGGGCUCUGUGGUGGGUCCCCAGAGUCCAACUGACCGACUGUACAAGGCCGAGGGUACACAAGCACCGGUCAGCCCUCCUGCUCCUCCUCCUCUGCUGACAGUCUCAACAAGGACAGGUGAGGGCUGCAGUCAGCCUCUGGAUCCUGGACCCUGCAGAGAGUACGUGGUCAGAUGGUACUAUGACCCCGAGGCCAACGCCUGCGCUCAGUUCUGGUUUGGAGGAUGUCAGGGAAACAGAAACAACUUUGAGACUGAAGCCGACUGCAAGAACUCCUGCGUCUACACGUAACAGAGUGUGUGCGGAGGAAAGAGCGUGCAAGGCAGCGUCACAGAGGAGCAGAGACGUCUGACGAUGGAGUAGCUCAGCGCUCAGACCAGCAACUGUGUCACACUCUGUGCUGCAGCUGAAGGAGCUGAGAGAGAGCAGACUGGGACCUCAUCAUUGUCUCACAGGCUGUUCUGACUUCAGGUGCUACACACAUACUGACUGCAUCGUCUGUACACCUGCAUUAAACACCAACAAUAGCCGACAAGAAUAGAAAAAAGAUUGGUGCAACAUGUCCUUCAAAAUGCACAUUUUUCUAAACUUUCUUUUUUUGAUGUAUGUCUAAUUCGUCGUUAACUUAGUCCUGGUCUCUUUAGGUCGUCUGUUUCAGUAAGCCACUCACUUGUUAUCUUGGUUAACAGGUUACUACACUAACCAGCUUCUUUUAUGAGUAUUAUUAAAGAUUUUCUAGUUGUAAUGUCCAAUUAUUUAGAGUUAUUUGUGGACAUAAGAGGAGAUCAGUGUCUGUUUAAAAUCAGUUGCAGAGAAGCCAACUUUACGGGACCAUCUUACGACAUAUCUGUAUUAUUGUCUCUCACUUUGGGUUAUCGUCUAACUUCCUAUAGAUGUUCGACUAGCAGAUGAAACAUGCAGUGUCAGUACAGAGCUUCAUCCAGCUCCCCCAAUCAAGGCCCUGGUAGACCAGCUACUCCCAUAGCAUUGGAGGUAAAGUUACUAUUCCUGCCAAUAGAGUCUGGUGACUUUGAAUAAAGUAGCGACCUGAAGUUUUGACCCUGUACAGACCUUUUCUAUCAUGGUGUCAUAUUUUUUCAGAAUAACAACCUGAACCAGCUGGUGGAAAAGCCCCGUAACAUCACAGCCUGUUUCUGGCAGACGAUUUGAAACGGCUACAGGAUAUUUUUUAGUUUUGACUAAUUAAGACAUCAAAAUAUACAAAUGUAAGGCCAAUGGAUUAAAAGGAAAUCAGAAUUCUGUUUUAACAGUUGUGUUUACAUCUGUCAGUUUAGCUAAUAAUUCUAGGAUGAAAUAUACGAUUGACCAUUUCCACAUGGUGGCCAUUUUCCUCUGAUGUCAUGCUCAGGAUUGGGGAGCUUAAAUUCUGUUAGUUUGAUGACCUCCUGUGUAGGUUUGCAAAUUGUGUAAAUGAUAGGAAUCUGACAAAGUAUUAUCCUUUCAAUGGGGGUAUGAUGAUAGACUCAAUUCACGAUACAACAUGAUACAAUAUGAUACGGUACAAUUCAUGAUGCAGGGUUACCAAUGGGUGUUUCAAAUGAUUUUUUUCAAGAACAAAAAGCUGUAGAGAAGGAUAUACUUGUAAAUUGUGAUGCUCUUCUUUUGGCUUUUUCAGUCCUUUACAGCCGCACAGGUAUCUUCUAUAGAUGGUUUCAACUCAACUCAAUGUAAUAAACGUAAUGACAUCCAACAAGUGAAGUCAAAGGCAGACAGCGCCCUCUGUUUAAAAAAUGCUAUUUUUUUCAUCUCACCUAUUUAAAUAAUUUCUUCUUGGCACCACUUUGACUGCUUUUUUGCAAAGUGCUCAUCACUAGUCCCUCAUUGAUCGGCAAAUGAUUUGACGAUGAAAAAAGAAAAAACUUGAAAAUGUAUAAGCUACCGUUAGACAACAACGAAUGUUAGCAUUCAAGCAUUAUUUGGCCAAAGUUACUGUCAUAGUUUCAGAAAGGUAUGAAAUUCUAGUUAAAAGUUUGGUGCAAGCUUACACUACAGUAAGCUUCGGGCAGCUUCAAAGCUAAUGCCAACCUUUGAGAGGCUGAUAAGUGAAAAAAAACUUGAAAUGUAACCUUACUUUUCGUAUCCAUUGUUUUUCCAGCUGCUGAUCAGUCAGAAAGCAGUGAAAUUAUGCUGCUUUGUCACUUUCCUAAUGUUACAAUGGCCUGUAAACUUACAACACACCCCUCAUAUCAGUAUUUUAACUUCCCAUUCUGAGGAGGAAAAUGGCUGCCGUGUGAAUAUGGUGAAAGAAGAUCUCUGAGCUAAAGCUGUAGUUUCUGAGGCCAACAGUGUACUUUUCUGUCAUGUAAGGGUUAUAUGUUCUGGGAUUGUAUUGUGAUUUGUUGCUUUUGUGAGUCUGCGUUUGAGAGUCUAGUCUUGACAGCACUCUGUACUCUUCACAUGAUGUUGUAACACCUCCAGUGUUCAUUUAUCAGUUAUUUGUUAUUUUAGUUCCUCUGAACGAAACUUUCUGCCUCCAUUAUAAUGAAUGUUGAUUUGAAGGAGGCACACGACUGUAAAAAAUAUUUUAUUAACACUGUAAAAGUACCAGAAGGAAUAGAAUGCUUAGAUUUUGAUUAACAUAGAACACUUUUUUUAUUGAUUAAUAAAAUAUAAUUUCUUAAAAACUGA